GUCAUACGUGAAUACUUCCUGUAUAUGGGAGAAUUGACUUUUUUUUGGGCAACUUUUAUCUUAAAAGGCAUAAUUUGUUUGGUACAUCUCUGUUGUUCAAAGCUGGGCACUAGACAAUAUAAGGGUGACUUGUGUGUCAAGUAGUGUUAUUCUUAAAGGCUUGUACACGUCAAGGGUAAUAUAACAUCCACAUUUUGACCGUGAAUGUCAAAAGUAGCCGUAGUGACAGAGCGGACUUGAAGGCAACUGAGGACACAGCUGCCCCAUCCAAAAUGGCGAAGCACAACAGCGAUGCGGCGGAUGAGAUCUACGACAAAGUGGUGGAUUUGACGGAGUACGCCAAACGUCAGCGAUGGUGGAAUCGUCUCUUUGGCAACACAUCCGGCCCGCUUGCAGAGAAAUACUCUGUAGCCACACAAUUAGCCAUAGGAGGAGUGAGUGGAUGGUGUGCAGGUUACCUCUUCCAGAAGGUUGGGAAAGUUGCUGCGACUUCUGUUGGAGGAGGACUCCUGUUAUUGCAGAUAGCAAACAAUAGCGGUUACAUCCAAGUGGACUGGAAAAGAGUAGAGAAGGACAUCAACAAAGCGAAGAAGCAAAUCAAGAAGAACACAGACAGAGCGGGUCCGGAGUUGAACACGUUAGUUGAAAGGUCCUCAGCGUUCGUGAAGAAAAACAUCAUGGUCACAAGCGGCUUCAUCGGAGGCUUCCUGCUCGGCUUGGCGUGCUAGGCUCUAUCAGAAAAAGAUGACCUCGUGGAGGAAAGAGGGAGAUGCACUAUAUUGCUUGGUGGACGGUCAAUGAUUUUGACAGUAAUCUUGUAGCUCUUAAUUCCGCAUAGGCCGCACCCCUUUUUGUUGUCUACUUUAUAUUGUAACCAGCGCUGUCGUUGUGAGGGUAGAACCCACUCCAGUACACUGCAGGCUAAAUAGUCACACUUGCAGAAUCAAUCAUGACGUUGCCAGCUAUGUAUUUAUUGUUGCAUUGACAAAUUGCAGUGGUGCAUUAUCUGGUCAAUCAAAAUUCAAUAAAUCCUAUUUGAAGUGAA